AUGGAUCCAAAGCCAGAGAUUCCUAGGACAUCAGAUUCAGAAGGGACCCUACCUGGAAGGCAUUGGGAGGAGGCCAACAUGACCCGGGUGCAGGAGUUCAUCCUGCUGGGCUUCUCAACGAGGCCAGACCUACGUGGUGUCCUCUUUGCUGUCUUCCUGACCCUCUACCUGCUGACUCUCUUGGAGAACACCAUCAUUAUCUUGCUCAUCUGGAGCCAUACAGAGCUCCACAAGCCCAUGUACUUCUUCCUGGGGAACCUGAGCUGCCUGGAGAUGUGUUAUGUCUCAGUCACUAUGCCCACCCUGCUGCUGGGGCUGUGGUCAGGGUCUUGCCGGGUCCCAUUCACAUCCUGCAUGACUCAGCUCUUCUUCUUCAUCACACUCAUCUGUGCUGAGUGCACACUCCUGGCCUCCAUGGCCUAUGACCGCUAUGUGGCCAUCUGUCAUCCUCUCCACUAUCCAGUACUCAUGAGGCCCCAGGUCUGCCUCAUGCUGGCCGUGGCCUCAUGGAUGGGCAGCCUUAGUGUCUCUGUGAUCAAGACAGCCUGCAUUGCUGGGCUCUCCUACUGUGGUCCCAAUGUCCUCAACCACUUCUUUUGUGAUGUCUCCCCUCUACUCAACGUCUCUUGUACCAACGUAGCGCUAACUGAGCUGGUCGACUUCAUCUCAGCCAUUAUCAUUUUCUAUGGUUCCCUGAUGGUGGCCCUGGUUUCUUAUGUGGCCAUUGGGGCAGCUGUGGUGCAUAUGCCUUCAGCCACUGCCCGGUUCAAAGCUUUUUCUACUUGUGCUUCUCACCUCAUUGUAGUGGGCAUCUUCUACUCCACUGCCAUCUUCAUCUAUGCCCGGCCCAAGCGCAUGGAAGACAUGGACCUCAGCAAAUUGCUAUCUGUCAUCUACACAGUGCUCACACCCAUGUGUAACCCCAUUAUCUACUGCCUGAGGAACAAGGAGGUCCAAGGUGCUCUCCACAGGACCCUCCACAAAGUUAGGAUCAGCCAGAGCUCUGCCAACUAG